AUGGCGGGCCAAGCACAGCAGUGGCCAGCGGGCGCCCUGGUGGCCACGCCCCAGCCUGACGCUGCCGACCAGGCCGGCCUGCGCAUCCAGCUGGUCUCCCAGCAGCAGGCCAUGUCGAUGUCCCCCCUCGUUGACGCGAGCACGCCCGCCGCCCUGCAGCAGUGCGUGUACCCCAUGGUGCUCACCCCGCUGGAGCCGGCCAACAACCUGCCGCCCAGCGCUGCCGCGAGCGCCGCUCCCGCGAUGAUCAGCCUGGCGAUGCCCGGGCAGGCCGGCGCGCUGGCCAAGGGGCUCGACGCCGGCGUGGUCGAAAAGAUGGCGGCCGUGGCGGCAGCGGGAGAUGCGGCCAACCCGGGCAGGGGGGCCGGGUCGCUGUCAGACCUGCCGCCGGCGGUGAAGCUGCAGGUGCUGGAGGCGAUGGGCCUGCAGGGGCUGAUCUCGCUGGGCGGCAACGAGGGGGGCGGACCCGGCCUGGGGCCCAAGCGGGAGGGCGAGGCCAGGGGGAGCGAGGUGCAGGAGCUGAUGCAGCAACAGCUGGCGUUCACGAUGAUCCCCAACGGCGGCGAGGACGCGAAGGGCCUGCGACGGGGGGGACGCUCGCCGCAGAGUCCCGAGGACAGGCACACCAGCGCCAAGGAGCGCAACAGGCUGGCGCAGCAGCGCUUCCGCGAGCGCCAGAAACAGAGGAUCGCGGGGCUGCAGAACAAGGUCACGGAGCUGACGGCACAUGUGCACGUGCUGCAGGCUGAGCUUGACCAUCUGAGGAAAGAGCGCGAGGCGCUGCUGAUGGAGCUGAAGAACCGCGGCGUCGCGUGGCCCGUGCAGCAGUGA